AUGGAUCUCGGCACGGAACAUGGUCGCCGCGACAACGACCCCUUCGGAAUCCUCACCGGCCGGGGUCGUGGAGACGAGCGGGAUGCGCUGGUCCUGAACGUGCUGUUGCUAGGCGACAGGCAGAGUGGGAGGAGCUCCGUGGGGAACGCUCUGAUUGGUGGAGAGGAAUUCCAAACAGGCGCCUGCAUUUCUGGCGUUUCCGUGACGACGGAGCAUCAAGUCCUCAGCCGAAACUUCCAGAGCUACUUCAGAAGACGGGGGGCGGAGUCCGACCUCCUGUUGAGAGUGGUUGACACGCCCCCCACGGCGCCCCGCCCACAGAGGUUGCACGAGCUCUGCCCCGAGGGCGUGCAUGUACUCGUGCUCGUUGUGAGAGUGGACCUGCCGCACGGCAACACACACCUGGCUGAGCACGUGGAGACUCUCUUCGGUCCGGAAUGGCGUCGUCACGCUUUACUCGUUCUCACGCACGCCGACCACCUGAAGGAAGCGGGGCUCCAUCCGUCAGUCUACCUCACACAGACCAGUGAUUGGCUGAGAGCUCUGGCUGAAGAGGUGGCAGGAGGAGUCUUGUUCUUGGACAACAGCUGUGAUUGGCCGUCAGUCAGAGGACGACCGCUGAGAGACCGACUGCUCCGCCUCUCAGCCGGCAACCAUCACGGAGCUCUGACGCUCAGGACAGACGUCUCACUCUGACUCCACCUUAAAGAGGAACCACACACUGGUGGCUCCAUGCUGCCGUACCAGUUUACCAACAACACAAAUACUGUGUGAUAAAUGAUCUUAUGUGUGUCUGCUGUGAAUCCUCCUUCCCCCCCCUCCCUAACCAUGACAUUAUGUCACAUAACUGUUCCAGAGCUGUUUAGUGAGUUGAAAGAGUUGUUUGUUGAACUGGUAAUCACAAGAUUUAUACAUAAUAAAAAGCAUCCCUGUGUUUUAUGAUUAAUGUUUGAACAAACCAGAAUCACAGAAGACA